AUGUCGUCCUUGCUCCGCAUUUGUGCUAUGAAACACACCAGCCAGUUUUCAGUCUCUGUCUCUAAGCAAUAUGGGGAGGGGAAAAUAUCGCUAGAGGAAUAUGUAUUCACACUAAAGUCUACAUUUGGGUUGAAUGCUCUUGUGGAGGCAGUGGGAAUAGGGAAAGGGAAGCAAGAUCUCACAGGAAUGGUCAUGGAUACUCCAAAAUCCAAUCAAGUUGUCCAUGUUCGCCCAGAGAUUCCGAUUGGUAAAGCGUGCUCCACACUUACUCCUCUGGAGAUAGUCAACUUUUUAACAGGUGACUUUCGGCUUAGCAAAGCCCGAUCAAGCGAUCUGUUUUGGGAAGCUGUUUGGCCCCGUUUGCUUGCAAGAGGGUGGCACUCUGAGCAGCCUAAUAAUCAUAGCUUCACUGCUGGUUCCAAGCAUUCUUUGGUCUUUCUCUUGCCUGGCAUUAAGAAGUUUUCAAGAAGGAAACUAGUUAAGGGCGACCAUUACUUUGAUUCUGUGAGUGAUGUCCUCAGUAAAGUUGCCUCUGAGCCGGGGCUUCUUGAGAUUGAAGGUUACAAAAUCAAGGAAGAAAAUGGAUGGAAUGAUGAAACAAAGCUGGACCAAGAAGAUUUUCCCGACGAGCAGCGCCACUGUUAUCUGAAGCCUCGCACUCCCAACCGUGCUACUGAUGCCAUGAAGUUUACUGUUGUGGAUACAAGUCUGGCAAAUGGGAGAACUGGUAAGGUGAGGGAACUUAGAAGCUUGCCGGUCGAAAUAAGGAACACUUGCACCUCCCAAAGUGAGUCUGAAGACGAUGAUGAAGACAGUUCUGAUGAGUCAGCAGAUAAGUCUAGCUCUGUCAAUGCCUUGUCUUCGGACAAGGAUGAGACUAGUGAUCUCAAAGCUGCUGUGCCUAAGUUGAGCAAAUCAUUAUCUUUUGCUAAUAAAGAUGUUGAACAUGGCACGGAUUCAACUAUUGUGCCAGCCAAAAUCCCAAAGGACAAACACAAUGAUUUAUGCAAUGGCGCACAACUGAAAAAGGGUACAAAGUCCAAAUUGAGCCAGAAAGAGGGUCCUGAAAACAAAAUCCAGUUAGCUCCUGUCAUGAAACGGCGCAGGAGAUUACCCCCUCCUAGUCGCAAAGAUACAAGCUGCAACACAACCAACAGCAGGGUAGAUUCCAGAUUGCAACAAGAGGCUAGUAGCUGUGUAGAAAAUUCUGAUUUGAGUGAGAACAUGCUCUCUCAGGUGGAUCCAUCUCAAGAGAAGUUGUCGUCAACGAGCUCAUCCAGAGGGUGUAGCCCGAUCACUAGUGCUGAAGGGAUUCCGAGUAGUAACCAUAUGGGUGCCGAACAGCCUCUUGAGAAACCUCAAUCCCGUACAUUUAUCGACUUGAACAUGCCUAUCUCUCAAGAUGCUGAAACCGAUGAGCCUUUCACAAAAGAAACAACAGCAAGACAGGAUCAACAAAGGAGCAAAGAAUCUGACAAUCCCCAGCUGUCAGUGAAAUCCUCAGAAUGCGCAGCUAACUCUGAGCAGGAAGCUAACGUGGGCCCCCGGCGGCAGAGCACGAGAAAUAGACCGCUGACCACCAAGGUGCUUGAAGCUUUUGCUUGCGGAUUUAUGGACACAAAACAAAAACGGAAGGCAAAGGACGCAUUUCCCAGGGAUAACUUAAAGUUGAGACCCUCAAGGCGUCCUCGUCCUAGGUUGAGCCCUCAGGAGAGUUUCAAUUCUGCCAAUGUGGAUUUCACUAUGGAGCAACGUGAAACUAUCCAAAAAACCAAUGGUGACGUGUUCAACAAGCUUGGCGUCAGUUCUCAAACAAACUAG